AUGGUGCUCCAGUCCUGCAGCCAGCGGCGAGCCGAUGAAGAUGCAAAGAGACAGAAAGGUGUUCGGUGCCAUGUGCCCCAAUCAGAUGAGCCAACAGGGGAGGAGAGCUGCGCUCUGAUGUUCAGUGGCGCUAACAGCCGUUCCCUGCAGGACAAAGUGCUGGUGCCAAGAAGCAGCAGCCCAGUCGCCAUACACGCUUCUCUCGCCUCAGCUUUUUCAACAAUCGCAUGGGAUGAUCUGGAGGAGUGCGCGUCUGCCGUGAGAAGAGAGAGCGACUCCCUCGGCUCUCAGGUGAAUGAAUCUGAUGCAGACGACCAGGAUUUUGGAGAUUAUGCGCUGGACUUCAUGGCAGAGUCUCCUGCCACUCUGGAGAGCAGUCUGUCUCCAGACGAACUGGUACCCUUUCAGGGAUGUGUCAUACCUCCCCUCACCCCUCAGCGGUUCUCCCCGUCAGAGGACUGUCUGGUUCUUCGCUCCUCCACUGAAGCAGCUAAUCCGCCUGCCCAAGACGGAGCUCUGUGGAGGAGCAUCACCCAGUGCCAGGGCAGGGCAUUGGGAGAGUCCAUGGAAGUCAACAGUCAGCUUCAUGAGACUCUCCACAGAAAGAAGGAAGAGAUCGACUCCCUUCAGGGGAGAAACCUUCACCUCCGGCAGCUGGCCAGUCGUGCAAAGCACCUAGCCUCAGUUCUUGAAAAACUGAUGACAGUCAGAGACCCUCAUGUGCGAGAGGCAGUGAUGCCCUGCAGUGACAAAACUUCACUGAGUCCCUGUAAGAGGCAGCGACUGGACGAAGGAUAUGAAACAGAGUCUUCUGACUCGGUGGAGGACAUGUUGAGGGACAUCAGCACACGAUGCAACGCUGUCCUGCAUGGUGCCGCUGCUGGAACAAAACUCCAGCAGGAAUCAGAGAGUAUAUGCAUGUACGGUUCAUUCUCAGGCCUACAGACUUCUACCUCCAAAGGCAGCAGCACGGCAGCGGAUGGAGCAGAGUCGGAAGAGAUCGCCUCAUCUUUCAGAACUUCCGUCAGAGAACACUGCACCAUAAGGACUCAGGUGUUUCCUCACGGACGGGCCUUCACCUCGAGGACUCAGCAGGGAGGAUACCGCUUUCGCUGGGUUCCAAACCACAGCUGAAGCCGGGGUUAACAAAUGUAAAACUGGAUCUGAUUCUGCUUUUGAUAAGUGUUUUAAAGGUGCCAAAUGUCUGUUCAAGACGAAAGAAGGAAGUGUGGGUGGGCAGGGCCUGUUAAUGCUUAACUAAUAAUCUAUAGUGAUAUCUGUGAAUGAUUAAAUGAUGCCUUCCUCAGGUAGCUUGUGAGCUCAUCAGUCAGAUGUGGUGCCUGACAAAGGAAAUAACACUGCCUCAGCCUUUGUUUUCUUUGUGUUUCUGUUUACACGCCUCAAAAUGUAACGAUCGGGCCAAACAAUGUGGAAAUGUCAUGU